CCAGGUCACUCUUCAGACAUGUCGCCAUCUGAUUUCACCCAUUUACACGUGCGAUAUCUUAGUUACUGCGAUCCGUUGACCCCGUCACGAGACAGCAUCCAAUGCUGUCUCCAAGGACAAAUUGGGCCUAUAUCUGUCCAAAUUAAAUCGGGCCUCACCUGGACAGUUAAAUUAACAUCAAACUUGGGCUUCAUUAAAUGAGGCCCUGAUAUCUUCCAACGGUAAAAAAAAACCGAGGAUCUCACAUGUUUAUACGGAAUGCAAAUCGUCAUGGUGCCAAUUGCUUCUUCUCCCAUCGUCAUCUCCUCUUCCUUGUUUUUCUUUGAAAAUAUUGGCUCGUAAAUUGGACUCUUCUUUGGGUUUUUUUUUUUUUUUGGCUAAUUAACAAUGGGGGUGGGAGGCAAAUUCUGGGAACUUCUAAAACCCUACGCUCGACUCGAAGGAUACGAUUUCUUGAGAGACAAAAAGGUCGCCAUUGAUCUCUCCUUUUGGAUAGUCCAGCACGAGACUGCGCUUAAGAAUCAAGCUACUAAUCCUCAUCUCCGACUUACUUUCUUCCGUACCAUUAACCUUUUCUCAAAGUUUGGAGUCUUUCCUGUAUUCGUUUUGGAUGGAACACCGUCGCCGUUGAAAUCUCAGGCAAGGAUGGCUCGAUUUUUCCGUUUUUCUGGCAUUGAUACUUCAACUUCGAAUGUGGCCAAAGAGGGUGUCCGUAUUUCCAAGGAGAGGAACUCAGCGUUUUCAAAAUGUGUUAAUGACUGUGUGGAGCUGCUUGGGCUAUUGGGAAUGCCUGUGCUGAAAGCAAAUGGUGAGGCUGAAGCGUUGUGUGCUCAGUUAAAUAGAGAUGGUCAUGUUGAUGCUUGUAUUACAGCUGACAGUGAUGCAUUCCUCUUUGGGGCUACUUGUGUUAUUAAAUGUCUUAGGCCCCAUUCAAAAGAACCAUUUGAAUGCUACAAUAUGUCAGACAUUGAAGCUGGCCUGGGACUGAAGAGGAAACACUUGAUAGCCAUCUCUCUUUUGGUUGGAAAUGACCAUGACCUAAAUGGAGUGCAUGGGAUUGGGCUUGAUAAGGCACUUCGUUUUGUACAACAGUUUAGUGAAGAUGAGAUAUUUAAUAAAUUAUAUGAAAUAAGCAAAGGGGAUGUACCACUAUUUCAGGAUGAAAUUAGAUGUGCUGAUGAUGUUAUACCCUGUUUAGAUGAGAGCUCACCAAAGCCAAAGCAGUCUCAUUGCUCCUUCUGCGGGCACCCAGGCAGCAAAAAAGCUCAUUUUAAGUUUUCUUGUGAAUACUGUGUCACGGAUAAUAAUGAGGGUUGCUUGAAAAAGUUGCAAGGGUAUAAGUGCAACUGCUCAUCCUGUGAUAAGGUUAGAAAAGAAAAGGACAAGAAGAAGAAAGGGAAUUGGUGGAUUAAAGUUUGCAACAUGAUUACUAGAGAACCAAAUUUCCCAAAUGAUGAGAUCAUUGAAAUGUACAUGUGCAACAAUCGUGGAGUUUUUACUGAUGGUCCUUUAUUACGAUGGAGAGAUCCAAAAACUGAACUGGUGGUUGAUUUCCUAGCAUAUCAUCAGUCAUGGCAGCCGUCUUAUGUUCGGCAGUGGAUGCUUCCAAUGCUGUCCACUAUAUAUUUGAGAGAAAUGGCUAGAAAUCCAAAUAAAACUUUGUUAGUUGGGCAAUAUGAAUUUCAUUCCAUUCAGCGAGUGAAGAUAAGAUAUGGGCAUCAAUCUUAUGUGGUCAAGUGGAAGAAAGCCAUAUCUGAUGAACUUAGUUGUGCAGUCCCUGUUGAGAAGUCCAACAUGCUAGAAGAAGAAUUUAUAGAAGUUGAUGAUGUGCCCAUUGAUCAGUUGGAUGAGUCCAUUGACCCCCAGAUUCAUGUUGAUGGCUGCUGGAUUUUGACUGAUGAAACUCCAGAGUUAGUUCAUUCAGCUUUUCCAGAAGAAGUUGUCAAAUUUAGACAGGAAAAGGAACUAAAAGAAAUGAAAAGAAGAAAAACUUCAAAAUUAAGAUCUGAAGGGUCCAGUGAGAUGUCAGAAUUAUCAAAGCCACAAGGUGUUCAACUAAGUAUUACUGAAUUUUACUGCUCAACCAAAAAAUAUUCUCAGGCAAAACCAGUGGAAGAUUUAACCAAGUAUUCAAGUAAUCCAGGUGAUGGUUCAUCAAAACAAGAGAGGAAAGUUUCAAGUCCUAACUUGUCCAAGGCUGUAAGACGCCGCCUUUUGUUUGGUUAAGAAAUUUGUAGCUUCUGAAAUUUUUGCCUCUUUUGAUGUACAUGAUUUCCACCUUAAGAUGUAAAGUUAUGUUUGCUUCUGGUCAUAGAAUUAUCGUUUUGUUCAGCUUAGGAUGACCAGCAGCGUUUUGGUUAGUAUCUAGGUACUCACUUUAGCCUAGAUUGCUGAAUGAUUUUAGUUCAUCUUAUCCGCAUAAAUAUAUAUGCCUCUUUUUCUCUUAGUUUCUUGCACCAUUCAUUAGUGAUUUACUCCUACGGAUCUAUUUAUGUCAUUGCUGUUGAAAUGCCUCAGCUCAGAAUUUAACUUCACAUUUCUUGUUGCAAUAAAACUUUGUUUGAAGUCCUGCUGUGAACCAUUCUCGUAGCCAAAUACCAAAAUGUUUAUUUAAAAAGUAGUUUUGGCAGUGCUAAUUAGUUUCCUUGCUGCCUACUCAUCGGAGUGGGGAUAGAAAGCAGUUUGAUAAAUAAAAAUUCAUAUCUUUAUUGUGCAUAUCUUAACCUGCUAAUGGCUCAUUUGUCAGUAUAUAUAGAUGUUCUGGAAUAUUUUUCUAGCACAAAAUUCAUUAGUUUAGUUUUCUCUUCUAUUGGAUCCUAAACAUUGAUUUGCAUGUGAGCAAUCCCUUUCUUACCUGGAUGGCUGGACCUAACCAUGUUGUAAUGUAGCCAAGGCAAAUUCCUUUUGGCUUGUAUUUGAUUAAGGAAAACUUUGGAGCAUAUUAGGAUCUUUAUGCUGAUUUGUCAAUGGUGUAAGGUAGAACCCUAUUUAUUGCAGUUGUUGAACAAAUCUGACCCAUAUUGUUAGACUUGCUAUGAUAAAUGAGAAAUCAGGUACCAAGAUACUGUGCAUGAGCUUUGGAUUUGCGAUCUCUUCAAUACUACUUGCCAUUAGGUAAUAAGGUUUUAUUUGAUGUUUCUGUCUAUCAUCAUCAUCAUCAUCAUUAUUAUUGUUGUCGUUGUUGUUAUUGUUAGCUUUGCUAUUAUUUUUGAUACUAUAAUUUAGUUAUGAAAUCUAAAUAUCCUAAUAACUUUAGGAAAAUCGUAUGGAAACAUUGUUAGCACGUUAAUGACCUCAACUACCUUGCAGUCAAAUGAGUCAAAGUAAUUUUUAUUGUGGAAACGAAAAGUGGAAUAAAUAUUGGAAGACAACUUCUUUAAUUGUUUUUUGUUAUGUGAUAGAUUUUACAAUCUUCUUAAGAUGGAAACUGAGCAUCCAGUGUCUAUGGCAAGUUUAAUUGGUAUAAAUAACAUGCCAAAAUAUGAUGGUUGAACUGUAUGCCUAAAAACUUUAUUAUAGAAAAAAAGGAAAGGGAAUAGUUUUACGUCAUUGCUAACGUAACCAUAAGCAUAGACAAAAAAAAAAGAAAGGUGCGUUACAUAUAUUCUUUUUGGCAAGUGACAAUAGUAUGCCUAAAAAGUUCAAUUUGCUAUAUAUAAGCAUCUGGAGGUAGUAAAGAAGUAUAUAUUAUGUUUACAGAAUAAGCUUCUGUUUGUGUGAAGUUGAACUUAAAAGCAUCAUUCUUGCCCAUACACAUGAACAGCGAGAUGGCUAUCCCAGUUGAAUCCAGU